CGGAUGAAGAGACGCAAAUUUAAUCGCCAGCAUGUGACUCUUAUCAGACAUUUAAGACCCAAAGCCUACAGAGUUCGCGUGUUUUCGCCAUGUAAUCUUCGCAGGAAGUAUUGAUCCAUCAAAGGCAGCUACUCGGACGUGGGUGAUGAUAGCCGUGCGCUCUAAUUCUGACCCAUUACCCUCUCUUGCAGUUCGUGCACUGGAACACGUGAAGGAUUUGCUCACGACCCCGGCAAUUCAUACUGCGUAGUCUGCGGCGUUGAAUGCCUUCAGGCUGUUACUCAUGUGGCAUUAGUUUGCGGUGCCUCCACAGCAUCGCGAUCCAUGGGUCUCCUCGCGAAGGACCGCUCUUCGUUGGGGAUUGUGGACGCGGCUCUCACCCCGACCCUAACCCUGUCAGGAUUCCUGCUGUACGUGGUUCAUCUAGUGCGGAGCUGGAAUAUGGUGAUAGCAAUGAUGAUCAUCGGUGUCUGUAACGUUGAGUAAUUCCAUUGCCUUGACCAACCUCCAAGGGCGAUCCCAACUGGUAGAUGCUACUACAAAGACAAGAGAGCCCGAUAUUCUCAUGUACAGCACACCCUGUCACUUUCUUUGCAUCGCAUCGCGGCCGCAAACAUCGGCUGACCAUGGGCUGGGCACGCGUCGGCGAUGAAGAAGAUGGUGACGAUGAUAGAUUGUGAUUGUGCACCAGCUAGCGUACGGUGUGAGUGGUGACCGGCAGAAGUAUAGACUCGCAGCAAUGUAGCCUGGCGAAGAAU